AUGAAGCUCAAUAUCACAUCCCUCCUCCUCGCCGCGAGCGCCUCCCUCGCCAGCGCGCAGUACAAAGGCAUCAUCUUCUUCAAGGAACACGGCCAGUGUCCCCGACAAAUCGAGUCCGAACAGCAGACCGACUUCGAGUACACGGCCGGGUCGAACCUGUGCAUCCCGAUGGGGUACUCGUCCGACAACUACGGCGUCGGGCUGAGCGCCGCGCUCAUCGGCAACAACGACAUCCCCCCGACCAAGCUGGGGGGAUGCCCGACGUCGUCGUGCAAUGAGAAUUGCCAGACUACGAGCAUCAAGCAGACGGGUAACGGUAUCUAUCUUGGCUGCGCGCAGUUUACGGAUGCGCCGUAUUUGUAUAUUGGGAGAUGA